UGCCCGGGCCGCGCCUGGAGGCGGAGCCACCCGCGGAGCUAAAUCGGGCAAAGGCCGGGCUGACGGGUCCCUGCGCCGCCGUCAUGGAGCAGUCCCGCGCCGCCUCCCGCCUGCGGAUCGUGCUGGGCCACCUCGGUAGCCCCUCGGCCCUGAACAUCGUAGGUCAUCCCACUUCAGGGACUGUUUCCUCUGCCAGUUUCCAUCCUCAACAAUUCCAGUAUAGUCUGGAUAAUAAUGUUCUCACCCUGGAACAGAGAAAAUUUUAUGAAGAAAAUGGGUAUCUUGUAAUUAAAAAUCUGGUAUCUGAUGCUGAUAUUCAACGGUUUCGGAAUGAGUUUGAAAAAAUCUGCAGAAAGGAGGUGAAACCAUUAGGAUUAACGGUAAUGAGAGACGUGGCCAUUUUGAAAUCAGAAUAUGCUCACAGUGAGAAGACGGUCACAAAGGUCCAGGAUUUCCAGGAAGAUAAGGAGCUCUUCAGAUACUGCACUCUCCCCGAGAUUCUGAACUAUGUGGAGUGCUUCACUGGACCUAAUAUUAUGGCCAUGCACACGAUGUUGAUAAACAAACCUCCAGAUGCUGGCAAGAAGACGUCCCGCCAUCCCCUGCACCAGGACCUGCACUAUUUCCCCUUCAGGCCCAGCAAUCUCAUCGUUUGCGCCUGGACGGCGAUGGAGCCCAUCGACCGGAACAACGGCUGUCUGGUUGUGCUCCCAGGCACCCACAGGGGCUCCCUGAAGCCUCACGAUUACCCCAAGUGGGAGGGGGGAGUUAACAAAAUGUUCCACGGGAUCCAGGACUAUGAGGAAAAUACCGCCCGGGUGCACCUGGUGAUGGAGAAGGGAGACACCGUCUUCUUCCAUCCUUUGCUCAUCCAUGGAUCUGGUCGGAACAAAACCCAGGGGUUCCGGAAGGCAAUUUCCUGCCACUUCGCCAGUGCUGACUGCCACUACAUCAAUGUGAAGGGCACCAGUCAAGAAAACAUUGAGAAGGAAGUUGCAGGAUUAGCAAACAAACUCUAUGGACUUGCAGAUUCUGUGGACUUGAAGGAUAUUUGGAUGUUUCGAGCUCGACUCGUGAAAGGAGAAAGAACCAGCCUUUGAAAUAGCCCUUUGCUCGGCCGGGUGCGGUGGCUCACGCCUGUAAUCCCAGCACUUUGGGAGGCUGAGGCGGGUGGAUCACGAGGUCAAGAGAUUGAGACCAUCCUGGUCAACAUGGUGAAACCCUGUCUCUACUAAAAAUACAAAAAAUUAGCUGGGCACAGUGGCGUGUGCCUGUAAUCCCAGCUACUCAGGAGGCUGAGGCAGGAGAAUUGCCUGAACCCAGGAGGCAGACGUUGCAGUGAGCCGAGAUCGUGCCAUUGCACUCUAGCCUGGGUAACAAGACCGAUACUCCGUCUCAAAAAAAAAAAAAGGAAAUAGCCCUCUGCUAUAACUCUUUUAAUGGAAAACCAAAGUGUCUAAGGAAAAUGUUUCUUAAUGAGUUAAUGUAAUCUUUUCUAUCACUUGUUAAAAUCAGAAAACAUGUAUCAGGUACCAAGUGCAUAGAGUUAGUUAUGCUCUACAGUGGUGUUGCUUUAAUGGAAAUAAAAACAGUAAAAGUGAAAUAAAUUAAAAAAAAAGCACAGUAAAAGUGAAAUACUACUGUUUUAAGGAAAAUUAAUUUAGGGUUGCAUCCAUUAAAGGUGAUUGGUGUAUCA